AGGGUUUGUAUACAUGAACCAGUACGGCGCGACUUCGAUAACCGAUCAUUUCUCAUUUCAUCCUCCGUCGACCCUUAGAAUUGCACGAGAAAACCCUAGUUUUCUACGAUGGUGAACUGGAGGAUUAGGCAAGAAUGGGAGGAAUACGAUCUCCAAAGCUCAUACGCUGACAAUCCAUGUAUGUUCUCGAUACGAUUGAACUAUGGUGGAGUUUUUACGAAGUUUCCAGGCCGCAAAUACAUAAAGGGGAAGAUGAAAUAUAUUGAUGGCAUUGAUAGUGACUUGUUCUCGGUGCAUGAUAUGGACGAGAUAAUGGAAUUGCUUGAUUGUGUGGAACCAGGUAAAAGUAUUUAUUAUCAUUUCAAACGACCAACCUGGGAUUUAGAUUUUGGGUUGUAUGCUUUGGGUUGUGACGAAGAUAUAAACCACUUUAGGUCAUACGUGUAUGAACACAAGGUGAUAGAAGUGUAUACAGAGUUUUGGGAAACCAAGCUGCAUACGUAUCAAAUGUCCCCAAACCCUGCAAAGAUAAAGAUACACGAAAUUCCUGAGUCCCUUUGUCGUAAAAGCUUGUUAUUGACAUGGUCAAAUUCAGGGGAUUGUCCUAGUGAAGAAGCCCCUGUUUUUGAGAAUGUAGAAACUAUGGACGAACCCCCUAGUACAUUACUUGAAACAACCUUGGAACAACCCCUUGUUACAUUGAGUGAAACAGUUGAGUCAACCCCUGCCUAUAUACCAAGAAUUGAAAGCCCUUUGACUGAACCAAUGAUAGGAAGCACAUGUCCUAAUGUUGAUGGUUGGGAUGAUACAUUUGAAUGGUGUGAACCUUUUGGUGGGACUCCUAUGGAACAAGAUGAACCAAAUAGUGAAAAAGCAGGUGAAGACAGUCAAGCUAGUAAAGACAGUCAUGAUAGUGAUGACACUGAAGAUAGUGAAUACAGUCAAGAUAGUGAUUACAUAGUUGAUGAAGAUAAUUUGUUAGAUGAUCCAGAGGUUGAUAUGAAGAACUUUCACCUCAACAUUGACAAAGAGGUGGAGUGGGUUGGAAGUUUUCCUGAUGAUCGAGAUGAAGCAGUAGAAGGUGAUGAAGAAUUAGAGGUUAUAAACACUGAAGAAUUUGUAUCUGCAUCUUCAUCAGAUGAGGGUGAAGCUAGUAAAAAAAGGAAGAAGAUAAGAGAUUUACGAAGAGCACAUAAGAAUGAAGCAGCUGCUGUCAAAGAUCCAUUUUACAUCCACCAGACUUUUAGCACAGCCAAGGAAGUUAAACAACAAAUUUAUCUUCAUUCCAUACAGAGUAAAAGGGAGUUAGACUUCGUCAAGAAUGACAAAAAUAGGAUUAGAGUGGUUUGCAAAGGGACAAUACCAAACCUUGGGAUAUUAGAAACAGGUGGGACCAGCAAAAGUAAUGACAAAGUGGGACCAAGUCAAAAGAAAAAGAAAGUGAAAGAUGGUUCUAUUCAUAAAUGCCCAUGGGUCCUACUAAUUGUUGACACAGUGGAGGCAAACCCAGAAAUACCACUUAGAGCAUUACGUGAGAUGCUUGAGAAGAAAUACCAACUUGGAUUGUCAGACAUGAAAGUUCAUAGGGCGAAAACGAAAGCCCUGGAAUCAAUUAGGGGAGAUUUUGCUGCUCAGUACUCAUGUCUAAGAGACUACUUACAGGAGGUGCAGAGUAGAAAUCCAAACACCACAGUCAAACUUCAAGUGCAAAGUGAACCAUGUUAUGCAUCUGAGACCAGGGUAUUUGAACGAGUAUACAUUUGUCUUGGUCCACUGAAAAGUGGAUUUGCAGCAGGGAAAAGAGAUUUACUAGGGCUUGAUGGUGCAUUCAUGAAGGGUCCAUACCAUGGUAUGAUCCUGACAGCAGUGGGUUUAGAUGGGAACAAUUGCACAUACCCUUUGGCAUAUGCAGUUGUUGAAGCAGAGAACUUUAAUUCAUGGACCUGGUUUUUAACUAACUUAGGAGAUGAUCUUGGUUUGUAUGCAAACUCCAACUUCACUUUCAUAUCAGAUAGACAGAAGGGGUUAUUGCCUGCACUUGAGAAACUUUUCCCAGCAGCAGAGCAUAGAUAUUGCCUAAGGCAUCUUCAUGAGAACAUGAAACGUAAAUGGAGGGGCAAGGAAUUCAAGGAUUGUCUUUGGAAAUGUGCAACAUGUACCACCAUACCACAAUUCAACAGUGCCAUGGAAGAACUAAAGAAACUUAACAGUGAAGCAUAUGACUGGCUUAAUUCUAUUCCACCUAAGCACUGGUCCAGAUCCCACUUCUCAGGGAGGGCACAUUGUGAUGCUUUGUUGAAUAAUAUGUGUGAGAGUUUGAAUAGCAAGAUAGUGAAGGGUCGUGAUAAGCCAAUUAUCAGUUGCUUGGAGUUUAUUAGGGAGUAUAUCAUGAGGAAAAUUGUCAUGGUUCAAAAAGAAAUUGAUAAAGCUAAUGGCCCAUUAACUCCUACAGCCACUAAGACCCUUGAAAAAAUUAAAGAAAGGGCAGUACAGUGUAGGGCAGUGUUCUGUGGCAAUGGGAAGUACCAGGUUACAAGUGAAGGUACUAAUCAGUAUGUGGUUAAUAUGGACCAACAAACUUGUUCAUGUAAUAGGUGGGAACUGACAGGCAUACCCUGCAAACAUAGUAUAGCAGCUAUAUGGGAUAUGAGGCUCAACAAUGAAAAUGUUGGAAUACCUGAGACAUGGGUACACCCAACUUAUUGGCUCAAGACUUGGAAAGAAAUGUAUGUCUUCAAAGUUGAACCUAUUAAUGGGAGGUUAUUGUGGGAAAAAAGCACAUGUCCUACCAAGUUGAUACCACCAAAGUAUCGUGUCCCUAUUGGCAGACCAAAAAAAAAGAGAAGAAGAUCUGCAACAGAAGAUGAUGGAGUGUCCACAAAAUGGAAAUCUGUAACAUGCACAAAAUGUGGAAAUGUGGGCCAUAAUGGAAGGACCUGCAAGGGACAAUCACAGACUGGGAAUGGAACAGGAGAAGGUGCAGCAGGGAAUACAACAGGAGAAGGUGCAGCAGGUAGCAGUGGUGGUGUACAAAAUGGAGUUGGGAACAAAGGAAAAAGCCCCAUGCUUUGAGAAUUUGUAGUUUGGUAUCAUGAUUACUUUGUUGUUAUGUUUUGUAUUUUGAUACUUUGUUGCUGUCUAGGAUAACUAUUUGUAUGCCA